CCUCAAAUGAAUCGCCCAAUCUCAACUUUUAAUUCUUCAAUAGCUGAGAAUGAUUUCCAUUCUCCCUCUGGAGAAACUUUAGAGAGAGAUUUCCUGCCUCUUAUCUCAGGCCGCGAUGCUCUCUACCACGGGUGGUGGCAUGAAUAGAGCACAAGUACCUCGACCGCCUUGGGCAAUAUCCCGAUAGCUUUAAAUAUCUUUCUCUCACAAUCUCACUCCUUUCUCACUUCUUGAAAUGACUCCUCCGAUCCCCCGAUUUUACCUCUCUCCAUCACUCUCUUUGCUUACACAUCUGCUUAAACUUGACUUCUAUAUAUCCAACCAUGCCUCGGACAACGAAAACAGUCAGACAAGAGGCAGAAGAAGAAGAGCCCUCAUACCCACCAUGCAUGUUUACAUCUUCAGAAGAAAAGACGCUCUACAAACGAAUGAAAGAUGCAUACAUGGCAAAUUACCAGACCUGGGACGAUGAGGCCUGUGAAGCUUGGCCACAUCUCGUCGAACAUGCUUCACUGGCACCAUCAACAAUCAGCAAAAUCACAAACCAUUGGAUCACCAGAAAUAUGACCAGCAACAAAGUAACGUGGGCACAUUAUGUUGCACUCCGCAUCAUCUACAAGGGGCUUCUCUUCAAGAGCAAAAAGAUGAUGAGGCUCAUUCGAUUGAAAUACCCGAGAGCCAACUUUAGCUCAUAUGCCUACAAUGAGGACUAUACCAGGCCAUUCAAGGCUGAAGGAGAGCAGACUAGACCACAAAAGACUGAACAGGAGAAGAAUCCAAGCACAACUCCUACCUCUCAAGAUGAACCGAGUGAUCCCCUAUUGGGUAAACGGAAGCGACCACUGCCCGAGAAUACGGGUGGCAAAGGCAACGCCGAGCACAAGAAUGCUCCCAAGUCUCUCAGACAGAAACAGGAUAAGCCAUACGCCGCAGGGCACGAAGCUCCCGAUCCACCUGCCGCUCUGAAUAAAGAAUUGCCAGAUAUUUUGGAAAUACCGGCGAGUAGCUCUAAUAGAAGAAUGGGUCACCAGGAUAUGGAUCGGGACCGGUUUAUGGAGGCAUUAGAGACCCACGCAAGGAUUGUAACUGAGAACACCAGGGCCUUAGAACGAAAUACAAAGGCCGUGGAAAGAAACUCGGAGCUAUUUGCGAGAUUGACGGAGCAACUGCUGACUCCCGCCGCAAGAGAUGAUGAUGAGUGGGCAUUUAUGCGGAAUUCGAAGAGGUAGUAUUUCCAACUUAUUUUUUGGGCACGAGUUGAGUGCAUUCAUUAUUUCUAGCUACACAAUACAUCUCUAUAAUGGAA